AUCCCUCCUCUGUUUCGACGAUUCCAGUUUGGAUCCCAACGCCAUUGCACGGGUAUGCGUGCAUGUCCUUUUUGGGCUUCUGGCACGAACAAUUAGACGACGAAGCUAAAACACUCAGGUCAACCUCAUAUGAUUGCGCUCAUUGAAGAAGGCCUCAAUCAGCAGAUGCAGUGUAUGACUUAACGCAUGGGCUUAUUGCAUGGAGCUCCACGCAUCAUUCUGGUGCACCCGAGUCGCCCCUUCGACCAUAGCUUUUACAUGAGAAUUUUACGGCUCUGCAUAGCUAGGAAUGCCUUCUCUUGUGGGCGCCAGAUACAUGGUCACGUAAUCACAAGUGGGUUCUCGUCGAAUGUCCACCUGAGCACUAAGUUACUGGUGUUUUAUGCCAAGUGCAUGGAAUUGAGAAGUGCCCGCAAGGUCUUUGAUGAAAUGCGUGAAAGAAAUGUUGUGUCUUGGUCCGCUAUGGUUUCUGGGUGCUGCCAGAAUGGGCACUUUGAAGAUGCUCUGACGACAUUCGUAGAAAUGCGCAGGGAAGGUGUUAAGGCCAAUCAGUUUACUUACGGGAGUGUGCUGCGGGCUUGUACUAGUAGUAGGUGUUUCAAUGCGGGGGUGCAGGUACAGGGGUGUGUAGAAAAGGGAAGGCUGGUGGGUAACUUGUUUGUGCAGAGUGCUCUCAUUGAUUUUCACUCCAAAUGCGGACAGAUGGAGGAUGCAGACCGAUUGUUCGAGAGAAUGACUGACCGGGACAUUGUUUCAUGGAAUACUAUGAUUGGAGGAUACGCAGUUCACGGUCUCGUUGCUAAUUCUUUCCAACUGUUUUGCUUAAUGAUGAGAGAAGGCAUGGCCCCUGAUUGCUUCACUCUAGGAAGCGUUUUACAAGCCUGUGCUGCUGGUGGCGCUCUUCUCCAAGUAAGCCAAGUUCAUAAAUUUAUAGUAGAAUGGGGCUUCUUAUAUUACAAAGAUUUGACUGGAUCCUUGAUUGAUGCUUAUGCAAAAUGUGGGAGUGUCCAAACUGCUCAUCAUUUGUAUAGGAGUAUGUCAGAAAAGGAUUUAAUAUCAUACACUGCCCUUGUUAAUGCAUAUGCUCGGAAAGGUAAAUAUGGCAAUGAUUUCCUGGAUAUCUUGAAGGAAUUAGCGUGUAUGCAAUUGGAAGUUGAUGACAUUACACUCUGCUCUAUACUUCAUAUAUGCGCUGAUAUAGCAUCAUUGAUCUUGGGACGACAAAUACAUGUUCUUGUUCUGAAACGUCUAGCCAGUAAAGAUGUGGCCAUUGGAAAUGCUCUAGUUGACAUGUAUGGGAAAUGUGGCGAGAUCAAAGAUGCUACUCAUGCUUUUGUUGAGAUGCAAGUGAAAAAUGUCAUAUCAUGGACUUCUUUGAUUGCUGCCUAUGGGAGGCAUGGCUUUGGGGAUGAGGCAGUUGCUCUUUAUAGGCAGAUGGAAAAUAAAGGGCUGAAGCCAAAUGAUGUUACAUUUCUAUCUCUCCUCUUUGCUUGUAGCCAUAGUGGAUUGACCGGUGAUGGAUGGCAUUGCUUUACUAACAUGAUCAGUAAAUACGGCAUUGUUCCAAGAGCAGAACAUUUUUCCUGUUUGGUAGACCUAUCUGCACGCAGUGGUCAAUUAGAAGAAGCAUAUAAGAUGAUACAAGAGAUGGAUAUCAAACCAAAUGCUUCUCUGUGGGCUUCUAUAGUGGGGGCAUGUCGCAUUUAUGGCAAUACAUCACUUGGAAAAAUAGCAGCUAGACAUCUUGUCAGUUUAUAUCCAAAAAAUUGCACAAAUUAUGUUCUUCUAGCAAGCGUAUAUGCUGAAACUGGAGCUUGGGAAUGUGCUCAAGACACUUGGUCCUGUAUGGAUAAGAUGGGCUUAAAGAAAGAUCCAGGAUACAGCCUUUUAGUACCCACAAAGAAGCGAAUUGCACUUCUGCAGCAUUGUUAACGAUGUUGUUGUGCUGUUAUUCCUUCAGACAUUUUGGAAUCUCUUAAAUGUCUGCUCCCCUCAGAAAAUAAGAGGGUAUUUCUCAAGUUUUCGUUCCCUAUCCAUAACCACAAACGGUGCCAUUCAUGAAUCACCAUUCUCACAUCGUCAAUGUAAGGUGGUCUACCUUUCUAAACUGUGAUGGUUUUGCUAGUUGUGAAUUAUCGUUUCGUUUUCCUACAAAUUCUUUUGUAGUUAUUUCAGGAGCAUGUAACUUAAAGGUAGCUGAUAGUUUCGACAAGAUUCUUGAAGCUUGAGCAAAGUCAAGAAUCGAGAUGAAAAUUUCAUGCAAAUAAAUACUAGCACAGGUAUUCCUGAUGAAAACGAUGUCUGGAUAUACUCUGUUUCAGCAUUAUUGAAUAUAUUUCUUUUAAAUAAUUGAAACAGGCAAUUUUGUAUAUUCUAGCGUUCUCUCCCUUGAGUGACUUCUUUGACAAAGACCUCACAAGCAUUUACUUAUUACAAGUCUGGCUCAGGGCUGCAGAAAAAGAUGAAACCCGUAGAGCGAAACGAGGAUAUUGUUACUAAGCCUAUGGACUUGAUUUUGAUUGAAUGGAAACAUUUAAAUUGUAGUUUUAAGCUUUAGAAGCAAUAACUCAUGUCCCUUGUGUGCCUCCUUCUGGUUUUCUGUUUUACAUGAAUUUAAUUGCGUCAGUUUUGAAUUGCUUCUGCUGUUGCAAGUUGAUCAAAUGCACUGUCCUCGUUGCUGUCACUUUAUAUGAUUUAAAGCACUCCCAGUAGAUCCGCUCGCCAAAGAUGUAAUUAUUGUAGGGGUCUCCAUAAAACACCAAAAACCGAUAUACUGAGCCGAACCAAAUCGAUAAGUUCAGUUUGUUAGUUUAUCGGUCUUUCCUGUUAUUGGUUUAUGGGUUUGGUUUUGGUUUGUAACUUAGGAAACCGAUAAAAUCGAACCAAACUGAUAAAUUUGAUAAUUUAUUUCCUUUCUAACUGAUACAUUUUUUACUUUAACCUAACCAAAUAAAUUCUUCCAAUCUGGGAUUGCUCUAUACUAUUCGAUGAAAGAUUUCUAAUUCUCAGGUAGGCCAUUAUUGAUUGAUUAUUAUCUUGAAUAACACUCACAAAAGAUUUUUCCGUCAUCUUUGGUGUUCUUAUGUUUAGUUCUUCUUUUUUCAGUGUGUGGAAAUAGGUGCUUGUUGUGUUAAUUUUAAUUUCAUAAUUAAGUUAGAUAGUCCAAGUACGUAUUAAACUUUUUACUUAUAAAUUAGCUUGGUGUUACAGUUUAAAAACCGAACCAAAUCGAUAACAAAUGAAGUUAUUGGGUGGGAUUGCGUUGUAAUUUUAUUGGUUUUUGUUUGGGUUGAGAUUCUCCCAAACUGAUAUCAGCUUUGGGUUGAAUAUACCUCCCAACUGAACCUAACCAAACUGAACCAUGAACACCCCUCGUUUGUUGUUAACGUGUUCAUCUAUCAUUAUCACUGACCCAUUGUUGCUGUAACUGUAGGAAUCCAUGCUCAUCACACAACUAGUGAGGAAAACUGAAGCUGUCGUAUAAGAGUCUACUCAGUCGGGUAAAUUAAUCUACAUCAUAAUACGAGGCAGUUGCUAGGACUAAUUUGGUAUCUUAAAAAAGUGGAAUUUAACUUCAUUGGCUAGCUGGUUUUCUUACUAUAAAAUGAUAGAAGCUGCAUUUGCAUCUGUACUUCAGAAAUAGAAAAGCUGCCUUUGCAAUUAUCUUUGACCUUGGACACCUGGGUUUUUGCUUAGUCAGAAUAAAGCAUGACUUAUCCAGAAUCUUGCACUCAGAAACGCUCCAGCUAGAGAAGUUAAAUACGUCAGAUCAAACCAUUCCACCAAUUUAGUAAGAUGGGACCUUUUUUUUGGUAGCUAAUGGGUGCAGUAAUGUUUGUGAUAUACGUAUGAGUUGUUUGAUAGUGCAAUGGCAGUUAUAUGUAGUUGAAUGUAAUGUUUGGAAAAAGCCAAGACGUAUGGGAUCUGUUUGUGACGUAUGCUUUGACUGUUAGUAGAUGGUUACUGAAAAUUCUGGUUUAAUAGGAUAUGCACCUUUAAUACGGUUUGCAGGGACAGUAGAUUCAACCAAAAUAAAUUUGGCAUAAGAUGAGAAAUUUUAGUGGCUCGUAUUAGUUGCUUAACAAAGUCGUACAUGUUAAAGGCAACGAACAGUUACUAUCACAGAUUCAUAGCGUGCCAAGGGAACAGGAAGGAGCUUUGACAGUUCUUGGAAAUAUUUCAUUUACCAUGCAUCCCACUUGAACUUCUGCUGUGCCUCUAGACCUCGCUUGUUAAGUCUAAAAUUUCAGCAAGUACUGAUGUUGCAACUUGU